UCAUAUAUGAUUCCUCCAUAAAAAAAAAGUUCAAAUUUUUGAGUGGCAAAUUUCAAUAAUUUUCCAUUGGCCUAUUUACUCACAAAAUGAAAAUAAAGAUAAUUUGCAAUCUGAUCUUGCACAUUUGUAAUCAACUUCACAAAACCAGCUAGCGGAUUUUAUCCCUAGCAGAGCAGAAUUCAUUGCAGAGAGCUAUAAAAUCCAACCCCCUUGGCCUUCCAACACCACUGUUUUUUCUCAAAUUUAAUUCAUAAGAGACAAUUGUUGGUUGUUACUCUCUGUUUUUUUCUUAGUAGAGAGUCAGUGAGUAAAAAACCAAAAGCGGCCAACUUCUCACCUGCAAAGCGGUGGUUUUGUUUUUUGCUGAGGUUUUACAGUCCCUCCUUGAAUUUAAAUUGAGACUCAGGGAGAGCCAAGGGGUUGGUGUGUGAGUGAUUCAGUCGAAUUGUAGAUUGGAGCUAGGGUUAGGAUUGAAAAUUAAAACCUAGGGUUCAUUGAAAUGGAUUUCAAGAGAAAGUCGAGCCCUACACAAACAUGGGUCGAUUCUGAUGACGACGAGCCUAUUGGGGUGCUCUUAAAGAAAAAAAGCACAAAAAAUUUCAAAAAAGCCAAGCUGAUUGAAGAUGGUGGUGAAAUCCUAGCCAAAGGGGUCGAGAAGAUUAGCCCUGAAAAUGAUGAACAUGUUGGCAUGGAUGACACGCUAGCAAUUUUUAGGCAAAAAUUAAGGGGACCCAAAAAUAAAGUUGAAUCUGAAAUAGCUGUUGGGAAAGAAAUGAGCAUAAACGGGAUGGAGGCAUCAUGCCAGUUUCUUGGUGAGCCAAUUGAGAAGGAUACCCAAUUGUUGGAUGAUGGGCCAAAGAAGAAUUCAAGUGCUGGCUCAGCGUCUCCUGUUCGGAUAUCCAAGUCCGACAGUUCAUCUAAAGAUGCCAAAACCGAUUCUACUUUGCCUACUGUGGGUGAAGUUUCUCCUUCAAGUUUGCGAACGUGUCCCGUGGACAGCAGUCUUGAGAUGGACAUGGAUUUAGAUCUUUCCACUAGAAUACAGAUUCAACGUCCAUUUAGAGAUCAUGCUGGAAAUGGAAAAGCAGCAGCUGUAGCGGCUGGACUGAAAGCUCGUGCAGCUGGGCCCCUAGAGAAAAUAAAAUUUAAGGAAGUCUUGAAGCGCAAAGGUGGACUUCAAGAAUAUUUGGAGUGCAGUCAUGACGAGAUCCAUCACCUUUUGAAUAGUUUCUGUAGUUGUUUUUCUGCAAACUCCCUGGGAUUCAAUCAGUUGAUGCUUUGUAGGAACCAUAUUUUGAGUGUAUGGAACAAAGAUGUCAACCGCAUUUUACUACUGGAGGACUUUGGUGUGUCGGAGGCUCCAUUGGCGGGAGAAAGCAAACGUGAUUCUCUGAUUAGAGAUAUCUUCACCUUCCUCGAUCAAUGUGGUUGUAUAAAUUUCGGAGUGCUUUCUGGAAGGGAGAAUAUGGAUAGCUACAUCAAGCCUGAUGCAAAGCUUCCAACCGAGGGGCGACACAGAAUCAAUUCUGCUGGUACAGAGGAUUUGAAUACAAUUCCUCCCAGUAAAGAUGAGAACCACAAAACUAUUCUUGAUGCACAGCCAGAUUUACUCAGCCCCGAGCAAGCAGUGUGUGGUAGAUUGUCAGACUCCAUGGACGAACCAUCUAGUCAUGCACAGUAUGAUUCUAAACAAAAAAGGAAUAUAAUUGUUAUAGGGGCAGGUCCAGCUGGCUUAACUGCUGCACGCCACUUGCAACGCCAAGGUUUCAGUGUUACGGUGCUCGAGGCUAGAAACAGAGUAGGAGGUCGCGUUUUUACUGACCGUUCAUCUUUGAGUGUCCCUGUAGAUCUUGGAGCUAGCAUCAUUACAGGUGUGGAGGCUGAUGUGGCUACCGAAAGAAGGCCUGAUCCUUCAUCAUUGAUCUGUGCUCAGUUGGGCCUUGAGUUGACUGUGUUAAACAGCGAAUGUCCGUUAUAUGAUACGGUGACAGGAGAGAAAGUUCCUGCAGAUCUGGAUGAAGAAUUGGAAGCAGAAUAUAAUGGACUACUUGAUGACAUGGAAAUCCUGGUUGCUGAGAAGGGGGACCAUGCGAUGAAAAUGUCUUUAGAGGAAGGUUUAGAAUAUGGGCUCAAAAGACGUCGUAUGGCCCAAUCUGAUCGAGAUGAUAUGAAUACUGUACCUGUUAAAUCUCAAGAAGCUUCUGGUUUGAGUCCUCUUGAGAGGAGAGUCAUGGAUUGGCAUUUUGCUCACUUGGAGUAUGGUUGUGCUGCUUUGCUUCAAGAAGUUUCGCUUCCGAACUGGAAUCAGGAUGAUGUCUAUGGAGGAUUUGGUGGGGCCCAUUGUAUGAUUAAAGGAGGAUACAGUGCUAUUGUCGAAUCUCUUGCUGAAGGAAUUUGCAUUAACUUGGACCAUGUUGUCACAGACAUUACAUAUCAUGCAGAUGAUAAGUUGCAUAGGAAGGUUAAAGUUUUAACUUCGAACGGCAAGGAGUUUCCGGGGGAUGCAGUCUUGGUGACAGUGUCACUCGGGUGUUUGAAAGCCGAGAAUAUUAAAUUUUCACCCCCAUUGCCUCAUUGGAAACACUUAUCCAUCAAAAGGCUUGGGUUUGGCAUUCUAAACAAGGUUGUCCUGGAAUUUCCCGAAGUCUUUUGGGAUGAUGCCAUCGAUUACUUUGGUGCUACUGCUGAAGAUAGAGAUGAGCGAGGUCGGUGCUUUAUGUUCUGGAAUAUCUCGAAAACAGUCGGUGCGCCUGUUCUUAUAGCUUUGGUUGUUGGUAAGGCUGCCAUAGAUGAUCAAAGUACGAGUUCUUCUGGUAAUGUUAGUCACGCUUUACUUGUUCUUCGGAAACUAUUUGGAGAAGAUAAAGUCUCUGAUCCAGUUGCAGCAGUAGUGACUGACUGGGGCCGAGAUCCUUACAGCUAUGGUGCUUACUCGUAUGUUGCUGUUGGAUCAUCAGGGGAAGAUUAUGAUAUUCUUGGAAGACCAGUGGAGAACUGUUUGUUCUUUGCUGGUGAGGCCACGUGUAAGGAGCACCCGGACACUGUUGGUGGGGCAAUGAUGAGUGGGCUUCGAGAGGCCGUACGCAUUAUCGAUAUAAUGAAUACAGGAACUGAUCAUAUUGCUGAAGUUGAGGCCAUGGAGGCUGCAAGAAGACAUUCAGAUAUUGAGAUGAGUGAAGUAAAGGACAUUAUCAAGAGGCUUGAUGCUGUGGAGUUCUCUAGUGCUUUGUAUAGGAAGUCUUCGGAUGGGUCUCGAGUUUCUAGCUGGGGCUCGAUGCUGAAGGAUAUGUUCUUCACUGCGAAAACUACUGCUGGCAGAUUGCAUCUAGCGAAAGAGCUGUUAAGCAUUCCUGUUGGGUUUUUGAAAACGUUUGCUAGUACAAAAGAAGGGCUCAGCACCCUUAACACAUGGAUUCUGGAUUCCAUGGGGAAGGAUGGAACUCAACUUUUGCGCCAUUGUGUUCGUCUACUUGUACUUGUUUCAAAUGAUCUUGCUGCAGUCCGCUUAUCAGGUGUGGGAAAAACUGUGAAACAAAAGGUCUGUGUGCAUACCAGUCGCGAUAUACGUGCCAUAGCCUUUCAGCUUGUGCGCGUGUGGGUUGAACUUUUCCGUAAGGAGAAGGCUUCUAAAGGAGGGCUUAAGUUACUUAGACAGUCAAAUAGUCUGGAUUCGAAGAGCAAGUCCCCACUAGCUUCUAAAGGAGGGCUUAAGUUACAUCAGCUGCACUCUAGUACAAGCAAUAGAAAAAUGGAUAACGACCCCAUUAAAUCGGAAUCAAGAAUCCUCCCGAACAUGGAAGAAGAUGGUCAUGAAGUUCCCGUGUCUGAAGAAGAAAAGGCUGCCUUUGCUGCUGCAGAAGCAGCCCGUGCUGCAGCCAUUGCUGCUGCCAAGGCAUUAGCUGCAUCUGGUGCCCGGAAUGCUUCACUACAAGCUCCCAAGAUUCUCUCAUUUCAUAAAUUCGCCAUGCGUGGGCAGAACACUCACAUGGACGAGCCCGACAUUAGAAAGCAUUGGCCCGGUACAGCAAUAGGAAGGCAAGAGUGCUUAUCUGAAAUAGAUUCGAGAAACUGUCGGGUGAGAGAUUGGUCUGCUGAUUUCUCUGCUGCCGUCGAUAACCGAUCACAGAAGACCAACUCAAAUGAGAUCUCUGCUAGUCGUCAGUCAAACUUCAGAGAACACUCUGGAGAAAAUGUCACUGUGGAUAGCAGCUUUCUUACUAAAGCAUGGGUCGAUAGUGCUGGUAGUGAAGGGAUCAAAGACUACAGUGCAAUCGAGAGGUGGCAAUGCCAGGCGGCAGCUGCUGCUACUUCAGGCUUCACUCAUGGCACGAUGCAAGUGAAGGAUGAAGAGGAGUCGAACGUGAGCUCAAGGAAGGAUGAGCCACGCGCGAACGAGAGGUCUACUUCACAAGUUACGAUGAACAAAGUGUCGAAAGGUGGUCAACAAACGGGAUCUGACCGUCUCAAGAAGGCUGUUGUGGAUUAUGUGGCCUCAUUGCUCAUGCCUCUUUAUAACACGAAGAAAGUUGAUAGGGAUGGUUACAAGUCAAUCAUGAAGAAAGCUGCCACCAAGGUCAUGGAGCAGACUACCGAUGCUGAGAAAGCAAUGGCUGUCCACGAGUUUCUUGAUUUCAAACGCAAAAAUAAGAUCCGAGCAUUUGUGGACGUGCUGAUUGAAAGACACAAGGCAGUGAAGCCAGAUGCCAAAGCAGGAUCUUCUGAGAAGGAUUAAUUGGUGGUUCUGUAUGCAGGAUUAGACGGCUGUUCGACUUCUUAACUCUUUGGUCGAAGCAGUCACUUAAAUCCUCUUCCUUCUAAAGCUUGAAGAAAUACCCCUAUAGUUUUUGGCCUAAUGACUAUAUAAUGACAUAUUAGCAAAGAGCUCAAAAGUACUGUUUGCAGAUCAUAGCAAAUGCAAAACAAUCCUGCAAAAUGGGGUUGCUUUGUCGAAUUUGUUUAUUUUUAAUUAAAAGAAAUGUAUUUUGUAGGGUAGAAAGUAAAGACCUAACAUUUUUUACCUGGGCUUAGAAGAGAAAUGAUUUUUUCGGUGCUUUCCUGACUUUGUGAUUAUGUACAGUGUAGAUUUUGGUUGCCGAAAGCAAAUAUACAUGAUUCUUCUUCAGGAGCAUUACUUGCUCUUAUCUUUAGUUUUAUUUUACUCUCUCGGGGAGAAGAGUUGCUGUCUAACUAACAAGUUUCAAAAANAAAAAAAAAAAAAAAAACUUGAUUUUUUAACAUGGCUUGACUGUUGGUAUUCCUCGGUUUUAAAUCCGAUUCUGGAAUAGGUAUGAACCUCUCUUGUCACCAUGGUCAUGUGUCUGAAAGGUAAUUCGACUGAUUUAAUUACCGACCUCGUGAAGAGUGAGAUGCUGUGUGGUUUAUGUGCUUCAUGAUCACUGUCUUAGUGCUCCACGAAAUGAAAUUUUCAUCCAAAUGACAUUUUCAUGUUGCUGGUGGUGAUAUGAAUCUGCAUGAUUUGUGUUUAGAUGGCAGUGAAUAAUCUUUCAGAUUGAUGUAUGUGCAUCAUAUUCUUGUUGAAUUUGUAUUUAUAUGUGAAAUUACCUUAGAAGUGCAGAUUAUCUGAACUUCACUAGGUUGAUGAUAAUCCUUAAUUUAUAGUCUGCUCCAUCUAACUUCCAGUGUUCUUACAUAAUCGUCAGGCAUGAUCUAUAAUCUAUAUAGGUUGACCCACACAUGUGAGUAAAGGCUCCGUUAUUGUUACAGAGGCUAUAGCACAAUAUGGUCAAUCUCUGGUUCAAUGCUCCCAGCAGAACCAAGAAUUUAGCUACAGGUUUAUUUCAUGGCAAUCAUGAUUGGUCAUGAUAAAUCGAGAUUAUGAUGGAUAAGUCACGCCCAUUGGACUUCUGUCAAGGACGGGACUGGCUACGUUUAUUUUGAAAAAUAAUUGCCACUAAAUUUAACCGUGAAAAUGGUUGGUGUUAGUUGCAUCGUGAAAAUCUUUUUCCAACUAAUUGUCUUAGAUUCGACUUGGAGCAUGUCCAAUUGCACAUUGUCCAUUUUGAAAUCUAGGAAAUAAAAAAAUUGUGUCUUUAAUAGUUGAUAAUGAUUGUAAUAUAACUUUACAUGUGUAAGAUUUUAAUAAUGAACAUAUGAUUUAUUAGGCCAUGUAUUAAUAAAAUAGAGAAA